CGAACGUUUAAGCCGCAGUGUCACUCCCAAAGAACAGACUACAACCAUUCCAACUAUAAACAGAAUGCCAAAACCAACCGAACCCGUAUACAAACUAACAAAGACUACUCCAAUGACAACUAAAUCUUCUAAUGUUUCACUGAACGCUUUCAACGUCUCUUUAAGCCACAAUGAAAAUUUCUACUCACCAAGUACAACAUCAGCUAUCGCCUUGUCGGUCAAUUCUACAUGGAAAAUGCAAUACAAUGUGACUAGAGAGCCUUCUCGCCUCAUACUAACAGUUGUUCACAAUGGCAAGAACACAAAUCUUGUAGCUGGUCAACGUUCGUUUGUCAUUAAGUCAAAUGUCCAACAAUCAGACAGUGGAGUGUAUGAAGUCAUCGCACAAAACGGAAACACAAAUAAACGAUUUUACUUUAUUCUUCAAGUUCUAGCAACCAGCAAUGUCCCAUUACAUGUACACACGACUAAUAUAGCAACGACAACACUAAACAGAAACACGAUUCAAUCAAGUUACAAUUUACAAGCUGCAGAAAAAUCAUUAUUCACAGCAGCCAUUCUUAUCUGUUGCGUUUCCAGCUUUAUAUUUGUCGUUCAAACAGUAUUGUUUGUCUACAACCAUCGCCGACAUCUAAACCUAUUGCUUCGCAGAAUUUUAUGUUUGUCUCGAAAAGAACAGAAAGAAGAAAGGCAACAAACUCCUACCUAUUCAAACGUUGAAAGGAACUCGAAAGAGAGAGAAACAUCGACUAAGAGAUAUCCGUUAAAUGACAGAGCUAUAAAAGAGCUGAUUUCAACUCGUUUCAAUGCAACUGCCAUUUAUGAAUGCGUUGAAGGAAAUCAAGCUCAGCACGACGUCAGCAUGCUAGAGUCAGUUGCCGCUAGACAAUCGAUCACUGCAGUGCAAGAUGAUCCAGCGUAUGAAUCAGCAAUGUAACUUGAAAUUAUAAAUAUUCUUUGUAUCUCGCAGCCAAUGAAUAGACAAACGUGACUUAAUGUCAACAAUUUAA